GAGAUUGGGGCCACGGCCGAGGUUGACAGUAGUUAUCGCUCUCAAAUAAAUCUGGACAGGGGAGUCGUUAAGAAUUUCCUCACCUUCCCACUCCAGUCUCAACCUCAGUGGGUCCAGUUCGAAAUCCUUUUCCCAUCGAAAAUAAUCUGGAGACUUUUUAGGGUUUUGUAAAUUCUCCAAAAUUCAAAGAUGUCUAGAAAUCAAAAUCGUCAGGAUAUUAAUCAAUCGUACGGUCACAAUGCAGUAAUGAGCAACAAUAUGAUUGCUGACUUCCAUAUUAUCGAUGAAGAUUUUGCAGAAGAAGAAGAAGAUGAUGAAGCAAUUGAUAAACCUAACAACAAUAAUCUCUAUGAACAAGAACAAGAUGAUGAUAAUAAUGGUUUAAUGGAUGGUGUUGAAGAAGAUGUUCCUUCUAGUUAUGGAGCUGCUUAUGCUGAUGUUAGUGAAGUAGAAAAUCGUCGUAAUAAUAGCAAUGUCGUAGCAGUUCGGGAGUUUAAUAAUAUGAAUCAACUCGCUUUAUCUUUUCAAGGAAAAUUGCGGACUUUUGAUUCUGUUACUCCUGAGAAGGUACACGCUGUGAUGUUGUUGUUAGGUGGAACUGAAGUACCUGGUGCUAUUGAUGCUACCUCUAGUUUUGGACUAACUACUGCUCCUCUAAGUGAUCAAACUCAAAAGGGUGAUUUUCCUCAACGAGCAAGUCAGGGACAGAGGGCUCUUGCUUUGAACAAAUACCGUGAAAAGAGGAAGGAUCAUUGCUUUGAUAAGAAAAUUCGAUAUGCUGUCCGCAAAGAAGUCGCCCAAAGGAUGCAGCGUAAAAAGGGUCAGUUUGCAUCCUCAAAGCCCACUCCAAUGGAAUCUGUAUUCUGGUCUCCUUCAGAUGCUCCAGUACCGGUUGAGCAACUAGAAACUAUCUGCACACACUGCGGCACCAGUUCUAACAGCACUCCGAUGAUGCGUCGUGGACCUCAGGGUCCAGGGUCUCUGUGCAAUGCUUGUGGGCUUAAGUGGGCUAACAAGGGAACAUUGACAGAUCUUCCUAGAACCGUAGCUGCUACCAUGAAAAAAUCUGUGAACCAAGGAACAGAAAUGGAUGGGGCCAAUGGUGGUAAAGUUGAUGGUGAUGGUGGUGAAAUGAGAUUCACUAGUCAGGCACCUGAUACUGUUCCUUCCCGACAUGGCAAUAACGAAACAUAGCUGUAGUAACUGAACAAUACAGUAGUAAUAGAUGCUUAGAUAUUUUUUUACCCUACAAACAGGACAGGCGGAAUACUACUUUUAUGCUUAUUGACGGACAGAUAGACGGCAGAUGGAUGGAUGUGCAGUUGAGCAAAUGGAUAGAGGAUUGUCUUUGAUUAACUUUUUCAUUUUCUAUAUACAGUUUCAUUUCCUAUUCCUGAUUAAAUGCUAUAAAUCUUUACAUAUAUAUAUAUAUAUCAUCUGAUUUUUAGUAUUUGACGAUAGUGGAUCCCAUAUCUUUUCUUGAAUGCAAAGGAAAGAUUCAUUAAUCUU